AUGUCUGAUUCCGAGGUCGUCAUCCCGGAAGAUGAGCAAGACGAGGCUGAGGAAAUGGUCGAGGUGGAAAUCGUAGACAACGAUGAUGCGAACCCCGAAGAUGCCCCCGAGGAGAUUGCGCCAGGCCUCCCCGAGCGUACCACCUUCCUCGACUAUCUCCUCUCCCCCAUUGUCCGCCUGCAAAUCGGUAGCGGCGCCGAAGCGACCACCCUCCACGCCCAUCAGGCACUGCUCACCAGAUCCCCAUACCUUGCCUCAGCCUGCGACCAAUUCAGCGAGACGACGGCCAUCCGCCAAAUCGACCUGCCCAACGAUGACCUCGAGGCCACCUCUUCCGUCCUCGAAUACCUCUACCGAAACGACUACUUCCCCGCCCUCUCCUCCAAUUCCGCAAUGGAAUACGAUUCCACCAUCCCCUCCCCCGACAACGAAGGCAUUGCGCUCCUCCGCCACGCCCGCGUCUACACCCUCGCAGAGCGCCUCGGCCUCCCACAACUGGCCCAGCUGGCCCGCAAGAAGAUUCACCUCACGCAGUCAACCGCCAAGUGCGAGAUCGCAUAUGCGCGCUUCGUGUACAAGGAGACGAGUCCCGACGACAACGAAAUGCGGAAACCCGUUGCUUCCUUCUGGGCGACGAGAAGCCAUGCGCUGCGCCACGAGGCCGAGCAGGAGUUCCGCCGCAUGUGUCUGGAGUUCCCGCAGUUUGCAUUUGAUGUGCUGAGCUUGGUGCUCGAUGCGCAGGAGCGGAGGAGCCAGACCAGUACUUCUGGAGGCCCUGGAACGGUGAGGAAGCGGCAGCGAAUGAGUCAGAUCUAA